CGUCCUUUCCUUGUGGGAGUGACCGGAAACGGAAGUGCUCACACAGAAGGACACCGAAAUUAACUCUCCUAAAGUACACGGUUGGAUACUAUAACCACCAGGACAGACUCUCCUUAAAACUGCAGUUUAGUUUGAGUUAAUUAAAAUGGCGUCCAAAGCAGCAGCAGCAACAGCGGGCUGUGUAACAUGGAGGGUUUUCAGUCCUCCAUGCAGUUUCUCAACACUGAAUAUUCGGCAGUGCGGCUCCAAACUGGCAACCCAACCGCACAAAACACCAAAGAGAUCGCCCUUCAGACCAGCAGCCAGCUCCACGCAUGACUGGAUUGGUCCACCAAACCCUCUUUCCAACCUACGGCCAAUUGUGUACCACGUCCCUGGAAACGAAUCCGAGCUGGAGAAACGACUGAGACACCUGAGGCAGGAGACGGAGGACUGGAACCACGACUUCUGGACAAGGCAGAACAUCAGCUACAGCAAGGAAAAAGAUGCGUUCAUCUUUUCAUCACUGAAAGCAAAAGGCUUGACUGUGCGUGAUGAGCAUGGACGCCGCCGGGCCCUGGACAGUGAAGAAAUGGCGGUGUUUUACAAAAGCUUCCUGGAAACAAACAGACUACGCCACGCAGAUUAUAACAAGGAAUGGUACCGACGUAACUUCACCAUCACCUUGCUCAUGGCCCGAGUCGCCCUAAAGAACAUGUGGAGGACUGUUACUGAAAGACACAGCAGCAAGAAAAACAGCUCUCCUACCAAUGAUAAUAAAUAAUAUAUUCACCCACCCUAUAA